AUGGGUUUGAUUCCAAAAAGAUUUCAUCUUUUUUUCCUUCUUUCAUCAUUGAUUCUGUUUAUUCUUUCAUCUGUUAAUGGAGGAGAUCCUAAUCCAACAGUAUACGAAAUCCUCCCAAAAUAUGGGCUCCCAAGUGGGUUAUUACCGGACUCUGUAAAAUCUUACACCCUUUCUGAUGAUGGAACCUUUGAAGUUCUUCUGGAGAAGCCUUGUUACAUCCAUUUUGAUUACCUGGUAUAUUACGAAAAGAAAAUUAAUGGGAAGUUGAGUAUUGGGUCUAUAACCGACUUGAAAGGGAUUCAAGUCCAGAGAUUGUUUUUCUGGUUUGAUGUUGACGAGAUUAAAGUUGAUUUGCCUCCUUCUGAUAGUAUUUAUUUCACUGUUGGAAUUAUCAACAAGAAGCUUGAUGUGGACCAGUUUCAGACGGUUCAUUCUUGCAGUGACAAGGCUCUGGGCUUCUGUGGUGGUUCCUUGAGGAGUGGUUUUGAGGUAUGGCUUUUCCGUUGCGCUGCUUAA